AUGUUAUCGUGCCCACUUGUGUAUGGAAGAAAACAGAUGCGGAAAGAGACCGCAGUUUCCAAUUAAACUACGUUGGUUUUCUUUUUUGGUGAAUCUCAAGGAUGCUUCUUUGAUUCACCCUUUUAACCCCACAAAACCAAACAUCAUUGGUCUCAGAUCCCACGAACCCGUCAUCAUACCACUCUUUGCAGUUUGUGCCACCAAAGUUUUUUUUUCUUUUUUUUUCUGUCUCUGCUUGAUGAAUUCAACGAAGUUGUCGUGGUCAAGAAGAACGUAGCUUUUUGAAUCGGAGAGAGAGACAGUAGUUUAUGAAUUUAAACCAAUCACUCCUUCGAACCCCAUUAUCCACAGUGAAUAAUUAGUUAGCUCAUAAAGGGGGAAUUCUUCGGUGAUCAUCUAUCUAAUCUGGUCCAGCUAAGGGAUCAUUGAAGGCCAAGUUGGUUAAAUACUGAGGAGAUUGUAUUUUGGAGAGGUAACAUUUGAUCAGCAGCAUGGGAUCUUUCAAGGGUCAUGCUUUGCCAGGGACACUGUUUCUUGUAAUUGGGUUGUGGCACAUAUGGGGCUCUGUGGUGAGAUAUGUUCGUAAUCCUAAGAAAUUUGAAGUGAGGGUUUGGAAUCCCGUGCCAGGGUUUGAUGGGAGGCUCAAGCACCUGGAGCUGUAUGUUAUUACAAUCGGUGCUUUCAUUGACAUGUGCAUCGAGCUCUUGUAUUCAACUCACCUCAAGUUUUUUGUUAAUGGGGUCCUUAAUCCUUCUCAUAUGAAUGACUUUGAGCACUCAGGAAUGCUUCUCAUGUUUUUCAUCUUCGGUGUCGUUGCCUUACUUUCCCAAGAGACCAGAUUUCUUCCAUUGCCAGAAGGUGCUCUUUGUUUGAUUGCAGCCUCAGCAUUCUGUGCAGAGUACCUUCUAUUCUACUUCCACUCAACAACACACAAGGGUCUGGAGGGCUAUUAUCACACCCUCCUUGUCUUCCUGGUGGGACUCUGCAUUUUAUCUUCAAUUGCUGGAGCCCUUUUGCCAACAAGCUUUCCAGUGGAUUUAUGCAAUGGCAUUGCUAUAGCACUUCAAGGUUUUUGGUUCUAUCAGACUGCAUUUGUUCUGUAUGGCCCUAUGAUGCCAAGUGGCUGUAAGCUUGGGGAGAUGAGUGUCACAUGUCAUUCUGCUGAUAGUGAGGUUCGGGGUGAAUUGCUUGCUAACUUUCAGCUCUUUGUUGCUGUUCUUGUGGUCCUUGUGGGAACUGUGGUAUCAUAUGGCUUUGCUGCAUCAAGAUAUGGGAAGUAUGAAGUUAAGAGUUUGCAUGCAUUUCAGGUUGGAUUUGAUGAGGAUUGAAGCAGUGUUGCUAGUUUUUUUCUAGAGAUAGUGGUGAUGUAUUUGGAGAGUAGUUUCUUAUAGAACACGGCUGUAUAAUGAUGAAGUGAAAAGGUUCAUGCAUAUAUGAUCACAGAAAAAUGAAAAGUAGAGAAAAAAUAAUAGUUAGAUUUUUGUGAUGACAAUAAUUUUAGGAAUCUGAUGUUAAAGUAACUUUGGAUUGUUUUUGAGGUAUAUGAUUACAAAAUGAUUUUUGCUGAUUACAAAA